AUGGCCCUCCCAGUCUCUGCGUUGUUGGCCCUGGUGAUGCUGUGUUCCAGCGCCUCUUGCUCCCUGGGGUGUGAGCUGCCGUGGAGCCAUGGCAACUCAGAAACCGACACACUGUUGUGGCAAAUGGAAAGAAUCUCCAUUUGGUCCUGUCUGAAGGAUAGGACUGACUUCAGAUUUCCUCAGACACUUGUCGAUGGGAACCAGGUUGAGAAGACACAAGCCAUAGAUGUCGUGCAUAAGAUGCUUCAGCAGACCUUCAACCUCUUCAGCACAAGUGACUCUGCAGCGGCUUGGGACAAGACCCUCCGGAAGAGAUUCCUCACGGUACUUGAUCUGCAGCUGGAUGGUCUGGAGCCAUGCUUGUCGGAGGAAAAGAAGGUGGGACAGUCAUCCCUGGGAAGCGAGAAUUCCAGCCUGGCUGUGAAGAGUUACUUCGAAGGAAUCAGUCUCUACCUGAAAGAGAAAAAAUACAGCCUCUGUGCCUGGGAGGUGGUCAGGGUGGAAAUCAGAAAUCGGUUGGUCCUUGUUAACAAGCUCAUCGGAAAACUCAGGAAAUGAGCAAGAUAUUGAGGCUGAGAUCGGUUCAUCUGAUUGACUAAAUGGUUAUUUUCUAAGACUGAAAAUGCAAUCUUUAACUUUAUUUUUAUGCCAAG